AUGGUCGUCAAGGUCGGUAUCAAUGGUUUCGGUCGUAUUGGCCGUCUCGUUCUUCGUAACGCUCUCGCCAACCCCAAGGUCGAGGUUGUAGCUGUCAAUGAUCCUUUCAUUGCUGUUGACUACGCUGCUUAUAUGUUCAAGUACGACUCUACUCACGGUAGAUACAAGGGUGAGGUCUCUGCUGAUGGCGAGCACCUUAUCAUUGACGGUCACAAGAUUAUCAUCACUGGUGAGAAGGACCCUGCUGCCAUUCCUUGGGGUAAGGCCGGUGCUGACUACGUUGUUGAGUCGACCGGUGUUUUCACUGAUCAAGCCAAGGCUGAGCUCCACUUGCAAGGUGGUGCCAAGAAGGUCAUCAUUUCUGCUCCUUCUAAGGAUGCUCCUAUGUUCGUUGUUGGUGUUAACCUCGACGCUUACAAGCCUGAGUACAAGGUCAUUUCCAAUGCUUCUUGUACCACCAACUGUUUGGCUCCUCUUGCCAAGGUUAUUGACGACAACUUCGGCAUUGUCGAGGGUUUGAUGACCACUGUCCACUCUAUCACCGCCACUCAAAAGACUGUCGACGGUCCUUCUCACAAGGACUGGAGAGGUGGCCGUACCGCUUCUGGUAACAUCAUUCCUUCUUCCACUGGUGCUGCCAAGGCCGUCGGUAAGGUUAUCCCCCACCUUAACGGUAAGCUCACCGGUUUGUCUCUCCGUGUCCCCACUGUCGAUGUCUCUGUUGUCGACUUGACUGUCCGUCUUAACAAGUCUGCCACUUACGACGACAUCAAGGCUGCUAUCAAGAAGUCUGCUGCUGGUGACCUUAAGGGCGUUGUUGGUUAUACUGAGGAUGACGUUGUCUCCACUGACUUCAUUGGUGACACCCACUCCUCUAUCUUCGAUGCCAAGGCCGGUAUCCUCCUUAACGAGAACUUUGUCAAGCUUAUCUCUUGGUACGAUAACGAGUACGGUUACUCUGCCCGUGUCGUUGACCUCCUCGUCUACGUUGCUGGCAAGGACGCUGAGGCUUAA